AGAAGCCCAGCAGGCCGAACAGCAUUUCAGAGAGGAGCGGAGGGAGGGCGGAGGUUACGGCUGGAGCAGCUGGCCGUCCCAAACUCUUCCCCAGGCACCUGUCUGGUUGCAAGAGGAGGCCCGGGGUUCGAGAUCCGGAGGGCAGGCGAGCAAACGAGAAAGACCAGGAGGAUGGGAGCGGGAGGCAGUCUGCUGUGCUUUUCGGAAGCGCUCCCAGCAGAGGUGGAGAGAUUCAUGGCCCUCCCCUCUUCCUCUGAUGCCAUCUGACUGCCUCCCCUUUCGAGAAGUGAGAUCCCGCCCUCCUCGCCUUUUGCUCUUCUGCCCAAAGCUGAGAGAUGGAGCCCCCGGAAGUGACCAUCAUCGAAGGCGUGGGAGACGAAGUGACCGUGGUGGCCGGCGUAAUCGUCCUCAUCACCGCCCUGGUUCUCUCUUGGCUUUCCACGUACGUUGCAGACGGCGGCAAUCCCCUUCUGGAAACCGUCGUGGCUUCCAGGGACUCGUCCGUGAUCCACCUGAGCCCCAUCGACCACUAUGUGGGGAAUUCCGUGGUAUCGGAACAUUCUGAGCCCCAGGGCGCCACGGAAGGCACCGAAGAGAAGGCGGAAGAGGGCCCUGCCCCUGACGCGGGCCCUCCCGUGGAGCAAGGGGACAGUGGCAACAGCGCCGACGCCACCCUGGACCGCCUGCUGGACAUUCAAGGCCUUCCCCAAAGGACCUUUUCUAGCGGGGCUGUCUCCCCGGACCAUCCGGGGCCUCCUCAGACAACCCCUGUCCCCAAAGAGAGCGAAUCCAAUUCAGGGCUUAUCAAAGUGCGCCUCAAAUUCCUCAACGACACAGAGGAGGUGGCCACGGUGAGGCCGGAGGACACUGUGGGCAUCCUCAAGAGCAAAUACUUUCCAGGCCAGGAGAACCAGAUGAAGUUCAUCUACCAGGGCCAGCUCCUCCAGGACCAGGCCCGCACUCUCCGCUCCCUCAACAUCUUGGACAACUGCGUCAUCCAUUGCCACCUCUCUCAGGCCACCGUCGCAGCCGUUCCUGACGGCGUGGCGGCCCCCUCGGAGGCCGGCGGAGUCGCCCUGAACAUGGGCAACCUGAUGGUCCCCGUCUUCGUGGUGAUGCUGGCCGUCAUCUGGUACUUCCGCCUCAACUACCGCCAGCUUUUCACGGCCCCGGCCACCAUCUCCUUAGUGGGGGUGACGGUCUUCUUCAGUUUCCUCGUCUUCGGAAUGUACGGACGGUGAGCGGCUGGUCGGGCGGGCGGGGGGGGGAGGCCUUUUCAAGCUGCGAAAUGCGGACCCCCCUUUUUCGUACUUUUCUCUCGUUUGCCCCGCAAGUCACUUUGGGGUGGGGAGCUCUUACCCAGAAUUCAGCAUGAAUGGAAGACAGUGGGCGGAAGUAGCCCCCUUCAGACUUUUAAACUUAGAAACCAUGGAAGUUCGGCAGAUCUUUUCAAAGCCGCCCGAUUUGGGCAUUUUCGAAGACCGAUGGGAGAAGGCAGGCAAACGCGGGAUGACUGCUUGGCCAGUCCCUGUUGACUCGCUUUUGGGGCUUCCCGCCACCUAACCCAGGUAUUAAACACUCCCUAGCGACUCGAA